ACCCGAGGCUCAGGCUUUCAAACCUGCUGCUAGACACAACUUGCCCGACCGAUUCAGCCCUUUCUCUGCCAGAGGCAACAUUUUCUCCACAGAUUUGCAUGUAACAUCGCAUCAAGCCUAUAAUUUAGGACCAGUAAUGCUGUAGCUUUCUCACUAUUCAAGCAGAAAUGGAAACAAAAACACGCUCCCUCUGCAGCAACGCUCCUUGCCUUCGUGUUAUGACAGCAGCAGUUUGGAUUAAUGCUUAAACCUGCCUGCUCCAGGUGUGAGCUUUCUUUAAGACCUGCACACAGCGAGGGGGUUAAACAUUGUUGGAAAUGUGCACACCUCGUCCUCCCUGACCAUGCGGCACACCCACGCCUUGCCCCUGAGGAUCACAAGAGGAACGCUUUAUGUCUGAACCAGCAGUCAACAGAAUGAUGAGUAUGAGGAGGUUCUUCAGAGCCCAAAGGGACGAGGACUACAGCCAGAUCCAGUACCUGACCGCCAAAUGCACCCGCCUGGCUCAUGAUAAGGAACUGGAAAGAGAAUUUCUGUUGUCCAGAGAGAAGGAGAGGAAGCUGCAGAAUGAGCUGGAAGCUGUGACCUUUCGUCUCGUCCAGCAGGAGCAGCUAAACCUGGAGCUCAGGAUAAACCAGGACCAGCUCAUCUGCAGGAUCCGUCAGCAGCAGAACCUGGUGGACGUCCUGCAGCAACGCCUGGUCCUGCUGGCAGAGGAGAGUCGUCGGGACGUGGAGCUGCUGCAGCAGGUCAACUCAGAGCUGGCAUGUCUGCAAAGCUCUGAGGUGAAGCUGGAGGGCCUGGUGGCGGAGCUGCAUGCUGAGGCCCAGCAUCGAGCAGCACUGGCAGAGAGCCUGCAUGCAGAGCUGCGCUGUAAGAUGGUGCAGCUGAAUGAGCUACAGGACACUAACAGCGCUCUGACAGAAGAGCUGAGGGACCUCCGCAGAACUCAUCAGGAGGAGGUGAAGGAGCUGCAGCAGGAGAAUAGCGGAAGCCUGAGUAAACUCCAGGAGACGGCAGAGCAGUUUGAGUGGCUCUGUCAGCAACAGAAGUACUGGAUGCGCUGUGUCAAAAGGUUCAAAGACUGUCUGAUGGAGGAGAGACAAACUCUGCUGCAUCAGGUCAGCAUGGUGGAGAAGAAAGUUAGGGAAGAGAAGAAGAGCUCACAUGGUGGCAGUCCGACACAAAGCCUCCUGCGCCCUCUAGAGGACGGAGAGAUGAGUGACAGUAUAACAUCAUUGGAUGCAGAUGUAGUGACAAAUCUUGAAGCUCAGGUGGAGAAGUCAAACCUCCUGUACGAGGAGCUCUUUACACAGGCAGGGAGCCCUAUCAGCAGAUACCAGAAACCUCCAUGAGGACUGGAGUCAGACGGCCUGCACCCCCCCCCCCCCGUUUCCCACCUUCAGCAAACCCAGAAGUUGAACCACUAGAUGUUUAUGUGUGUCUGGCCGUGGGUUGCCUUCCAGUCUUUGUUUUAAAGAAACCAAACAGUCUUGGAAAAAACACAACCUGCAAAGCCACACAUUCAUUGUUUUCUCUCCACUAUUGUUCAACCAUGUACGGUUAAACUAAAACCCAUUUAGUGAGCUCCUGUCCCCCCCCCACACACUUUUUUUUGUUUUUUACUGAUGUCCCAUAUGCACAUCACAUGUGCCUAAAUUUCUCUGGUCACAUUUUCCCAGUAAUUGUCCAUUUUUCAAUGCCUUGUAAUCAACGCCGCUAAUAGGAGCACCUGAGAAUGUUCCCUUUUGUUGUUUGGCCCAUAAAUCCAGAGCUGGCGCACAGAGGAAACAAACAAACAUGUUGCUCUGACCGCAGGAAAGCUCCACCACUGUUUCAUCGCUGGUUCGGGGGCGUCUUUCUCGCCUCCCCGCCACUCGGGUUUCUCUUUUUGAGCAAUUAGCAGAAAUUCUGUAAAGUAAUUUGGUGCAGAUCAGCAGCGAUUCACGUGCGAACCAUAUGACGACGCGCACGUGGUGUUAGAAAGGAACAAUAAAACUGUUCAAGACAAAGGUUUUGUUUCUCAUCCGUCAUUCAGGAACUCAUCAAGUCCCCGACGUGUGCUGUGUUUCUUGAAUGUUGGUUCAUUUUUAACAUUUCUGUUUACAUACAAAUCAAAACAUCCUCUGAGUUGGAGAAGUUUAAGAAUAAGAUCGCUGGAGCCCAAGUGAAACAAAUAACACGCGUCUCGUUUUUCCUUUGUUUCAGAGGAAAGUCAAUACAUAUCACCUCACUGUUUUUUUUUGCAUCCAUAUGGGCAUCAUUUCCACCUUUAACGGCAUUCCUGGUAAAGAUGAUUCAUCUUUUAAAGCAGUAGCAUCAUCUAAUAGUCAAUAUGAACACAUGUAUUCAGUGGGGGAAAGAAAAUCUACCUGAAGAAAUAAUUAUUAUAACAUUGACUCAAUGUUUUUCCAUUACAGUAAAUGGCCCAGAAGCCCGUUUCUUCAAGAUGGGAAAGACAAGAGAACAUGCCAUUCAAGUAAUACUAUGCGCGUUUACCUUCAGACAUCGGGAACUGGCUGUGAGAAACUGAAUACUGCAUUUGUGUAUAAUCAAAGCAACCGAUGUAAUUUAAAACAGCUGCAACUGUAGGAAACACGACUGAAGUAAGGACGUUUAUCUCGCCACCACAGGGAGGAGGCUGGUGAAUAAAAAUCUCCAACGCUCAGUGUUAGGGAACUGCUGCUCAGAGGGGCUUCUGACAACCAUUAGAUGCCGUCUGCAUGCCAACAUGUUCUUUAGAGAAAAACCAUCAAAAACCUUUUCUAUCCCACCACCAUAAACUUAAAAAGAUUGCCUUUUCUAAACACCCCGAGAAUUCAACUGCAAAGUAUGGUCUCCUUAAACGAGAGCAAGAUCACGGUUCUGUCUGGCAACAAUUUUGGAAACAUGUGCCGUAACUUCUCAUGUUCACUGGUAGGUAUGGUGGAGGGACUAUAAUGAUACGGGCCAGUUUCUCUUCCAGAUGUUUUGGAAACUUUUGGAUGGGA